GCGAAUGAAACCUCUUGUUACCCACCCACCACGUCCCAUCCUCCGCAGCAAAAAUAAUGAAAACCAUCGAAAUAAAAAUAAAACAUAUCGAUGAAUUUACGUUCCCCCGAUACCCAUCGAUCAUUCAUCCAUAGCACACCUCCUCCUCGUUCCGGUUAACAACCACCCGUCUCCUCUUUCUUCUCUUUUUUUUUCUUUUUUUUUUUUUUUGGACUCACCGAGUAACCAAAUAAGAAGCCCAACAAGGGAGCUCUCCCUUGAAAAAGAAGAAGAAGAAGAAGAAAAAAAAAUAAGAAAAGGAAAAGAAAAGGAAAGAGGAGAAAAAAGAGAGGAGAACCUUUACCAAACUCAUCGUCAUACCGCAUAACCAUAACGAAGAGUGGAACGAUCCACGUACCACGUACCACGACUCGUUCCUCGGCCGAGCGGAAGGGUCCAAGACGAAGGUCCAAGACGAACAAGGAUCACGACACCACGGUACGAUAAUGGGGAUGGGAGGUGGGGUGGGGGGCACGCAAGAAUUAUCCCUGAAGGAGUCGAAACGGAGAAGAAUGGGGAAAAGAGAAGACACCAAGAAGGAUGGGCACCAAGUUGGUCGGUUGCUCUUGCCGACCCCCACCCUGUAUAUAAGCCUUCUUCUGCCGGCUACGUCUUCAGUCUUUCAGUUCGAACGGCACACUGCGUGUACGAAUCCGAAGAGAUCAUCAUCUUGCACGGGAUCGAGAUCUUUGGGACGAUGGCUUGCUGAACGGAAGCGAACGGUGGCAGGAUGUUUGGCCGUGUGCGCGCCGCUUUCUUCACCCUGGUAAUUGCCACGUCUUUGUUGCAAUGCACACAGCAGGAAGGAAGUAGGCAAAGUAGAGAUGUAAUACUCAAUAUCAAAGAUGAUCAGAAAAGUCAAUAUUUAAAUCAAGAUUUUUAUUCUAAUGCAUACAAUUAUGGUUACCAAGUAAGUCCAAAUGGACAAUUUCAUCACGAAGUGCGUGGACCGGAUGACAUUACAUAUGGAUGCUAUGGAUAUAUAGAUCCAUAUGGAAAACUAAAAACAACUUUUUACAUUAGUGAUGGCUGGGGAUAUAGAGUCGUUCAACCAGGAAAUUCAGUCGAACUGUUUCUUCAUGAACAUGAACAUCAUCACGAAGAUGAUACAGAACAACAUUAUCAUGAACACAACGAUGAUCACCAUGAUCAUAAAGGUGUAAUUACGGAGUGGAGAGAUCUAUAUUUUCCAGAAAUAUGCAGACAAUUCGAUGGAACAAAUGCUGGACCAAACACUAAACCAAUCUCAGAAGAAGAAACCAGUGGUUCAAGCAAUGCUGGAAUACCUAUUCAACCAAGCCAACCAACACCAACGCCGGAAUAUCCUAUUAAACCUGGGUAUCCUCAACAACCUGAACAAUCUCAAAAGCCAGGACGACCAGGAAUAUCAGAAGUGCCACCUGGGCAACCUGGAUCACCUGGAAAACCAGGACAGCCGGGAUAUCCUGGUCAACCUGGAACACCCGGAAUACCUGGAAUUCCGCCACAACCUGGAUAUCCUGGGCAACCUGGAUCACCUGGAAAACCAGGAGAGCCGGGAUAUCCUGGCCAACCUGGAACACCUGGAAUACCUGGAACUCCGCCAAAACCUGGAUAUCCUGGGCAACCUGGAUAUCCUGGGCAACCUGGAUAUCCUGGGCAACCUGGAUCACCUGGAAAACCAGGACAGCCGGGAUAUCCUGGUCAACCUGGAACACCCGGAACACCAGGAACACCUGGAACACCAGGAACACCUGGAAUACCUGGAACUCCGCCAAAACCUGGAUAUCCUGGGC